AAAAAGACAAUAUUUUUUGUCAUUUAAUUGAAUUUAUUUUUUAUUUACAAUUAAUUGUAAUUCAAUUGAAAUCCAAAACAAAUAAUUGAUUUAUUAAUUGAUUGUUAGAAAGCAUUGAAAGGCAAAUAGUAUUGAAUUUAUUGUUGAUUUUUUGGUCAAAGAUUUUGUUGUUUUCAUUCAAACCCGAAACCAAUUAUCAUUGGAUUGUCUUCAAUGGCGAGAACCGCUGAAGAGGUGAAGACAUUGGCCAACGAGUACUUCAACCGCAAAGAGUACGACAGAGCCAUCGAGUUGUACACCGAAGCCAUCGAAUUGGACGCAACGAUUGCCACCUAUUAUGGGAACCGAUCCAUCGCUUACCUCAAGAAGGAGUUCUACGGCUACGCGUUGACCGACGCCUCCAAAGCCAUCGAUUUGGACAAGAAUUACAUCAAAGGCUACUACAGACGAGCGGCCGCUCAGAUGGCUCUCAACCGAUUCAAACAAGCCGUCAGAGACUUGGAGACUGUCGUCAAAUACCGGCCCAACGAUACCGACGCCAAGAAUAAGUACAACGAGUGCCUGAAGAUUGUCAAGCGAUUGGCUUUUGAAAGAGCGAUAGCCGUGGAUGAGGUGAAGAAGUCGGUGUCAGAAUCCAUAGACUUGGAGUCGAUGUCCAUUAGCGACGACUACGACGGACCACAGCUGACGGACGGAAAGGUUACCAAAGAGUUUAUGAUAGAACUGAUGGACUACUUCCGCGAUCGCCAGAAACUGCACCGCAAAUACGCCUAUAAAAUGAUAUUAGAUGUGAGACAACUGUUCGCCAAAGACGACACUUUGGUGGACAUCCAGAUCUCGUCGGACCAGAAGUUCACGGUUUGCGGUGACAUUCACGGCCAGUUCUACGACCUCUUGAAUAUAUUCAAACUCAACGGACUUCCCAAUGAAGACAAUCCCUACUUAUUCAACGGUGAUUUCGUGGACAGAGGCUCCUUCUCUCUCGAAUGCAUUCUAACGCUAAUCGGUUUUAAGCUCUUAUACCCCAAACACUUCUUCAUGUCGAGGGGUAAUCACGAAAGUCAGACAAUGAACCAAAUGUAUGGCUUCGAGGGCGAAGUCAAAGCCAAAUACACGUCACAAAUGUACGAAUUGUUUGCCGAAGUGUUCAAUCUGUUACCACUGGCCCACUGUAUCAACAGUAAAGUGCUGGUAAUGCACGGCGGACUCUUCAACUCAGACACCAUCACUUUGGACCAAAUACGGACAACCGAUCGCAAUAGACAACCACCCGAUGAGGGCAUUAUGUGUGACAUUCUCUGGUCAGAUCCGAUGCCAGCCAAAGGUCGCGCUCCCAGCAAACGAGGCGUUGGCGUCCAGUUUGGACCCGACGUGACCGACAACUUCUGCAAACUUAAUCAACUCGAUUACAUCAUUCGCAGCCAUGAAGUGAAACCCGACGGAUACGAAGAAGCACACUCUGGUAAAUGCAUAACAGUAUUCUCUGCGCCCAACUAUUGCGAUACAAUGGGAAACAAAGGGGCGUUCAUAACGAUGAAGGGAUCGGAUCUGCGGCCCAAAUUCACCACAUAUGAAGAAGUGCCUCAUCCCAACGUCAAGCCCAUGGCCUACGCUAACAGUCUCUUCUCAUUCAUGUGACCAUAAGAUUCACUUAAGACAACAUUUAAAAGCAAAUAAAUACCCAAUUAAUAACAAUUCAAACAAUAGGAACAAAUGUCUAGAUUUUCUACAGAUUUUAAAACAUUUAUCGUUAAUAUUUGAGAAAAUGUGAUACAAAAAGAGGAUUAUUUGAAAUGAUUUUUUAUAUUAAUUUAAAAUUCACUACAACUUUGAGUCCAUCAAUAUUUCAUUGAAAGCAAAUUUCUUUAAAAUGAACGC